AUGAAAAUAAAUUGGUCGCAGAUGACUGACGAGUGGAUUCGCCAACGCUUUGGUGAUGAAAUGGAACUCGACCAGAUAGUCAACUGCCGUAAUGAACUUGUCAAUACUGGUUUAAUCAAGGAUAUGGAAUUGUUCAUUGAGAAGAAGACUGACGAGAAGUGUUGGCUUCGUAGACUGCCGAUCUUUAUUAAGAAGGGCUCAAAUUUGAACGCGCAAAUCAGGUUAAAUCCUAAGUAUCAGGAUAAGAGCAUCACUGCAGGAGCCUCUUUCAGCAAGGGUCAGCCGAGCCUAAACGUGAAUUGGUCGAAAAUCUUCUACAACAAAUAUAACCCUUUUGCAUUGGACGCGUCGGUCAAGAUGAACUCUAUCAAAGGCUUGCCACAGCUUUCCGUUAAGGCUAGUCUUCCAUGGUUCGAGAAAGACAAACAUCGAGACACUUAUCACGCCAGCGUAGCUACCAAUUGCAAAGAGAAUUUGUGGAACGGAGAAACCGUCUUGUUUGCGUCCAAGGUCUCCGUCGGCUCGGAUCGGCUAGGCGCCAUUCGGGUACUUGAGUAA